CAGAAAUGAGCUCCGCUGCAGGAUUUGACACAAAAAGCAAGCAAUGCAUAUUGGCAGGAUGACAUGUAAGCUCGGCGCGCAGCACAAGAACAUACACAUUCAGGAGCAGUGAUUUUGGCCAAAAGUGUGACUGGCUUUAAAGACUUCUGAUAGCUAAACUAUGGAGGAAAUUCUUAUGUGACUUUCCACAAGAAAAAUUAAAUCAGAAGCCAAAAGGUGCCAUCAUAAACUGUACCACCAUGUCAGAUAACGGGACCUUUAACUACUCAGAAAUGUAUGACUAUGAUUACAAUGAUACCUGCAAUCCGGAUUCAAGUUCGGAUUUCAUUGGAUCCAUGGUCUUAACAGUGCUUUGCUAUGUGCUGUUUUGUGUUGGUAUUCUAGGAAACAGCACAGUCCUGUGGGUCCUCCUGCGACAUGUUAAGCUCAGAACUAUGACUGAUGUAUGUCUUCUCAACCUGACUCUGUCAGACCUCUUAGUGGCUGUAUCACUGCCCCUCUGGGUAUACAGUUCCCAGAACCUCGGCUUAUGCAAAAUAAAAACAGGAGUUUAUCAGUUAGGCUUCUACAGUGGGACUUUGUUCGUGACCUUCAUGAGCGUGGACCGCUACCUGGCCAUCGUCCAUGCCGUGGCAGCCAUUCGAGCCCGGACACGUCGCUACGGCAUCACAGCCAGCAUCAUUAUUUGGGCGAUAUCUGUCACUAUGGCAACCCCUCGGGUAGUAUUUGCCUCCUUGGAGUCUGAUGAUAACGUCUCAGAGUGCCAGCCCAUCUACCCAGAAGACACAAAGCAUUUCUGGAAGUUGCAGCGCAACUUCAGUGAGAACACAGUGGGCCUUUUUCUGUGCCUUCCCAUCAUGAUUUUCUGCUAUGUGAAAAUCCUCAUUGUGCUGUCAAAGUCCAGGAACUCUAAUAGGAACAAGGCUGUGAAGCUGAUUUUCAUCAUUGUGUGUGUGUUUGUGGUGUGCUGGGUUCCCUAUAAUGUUGCAGUUUUUUUCGAAACACUGGAGGUGUUUGACAUAAACCUGGGACCCAACCCCUGUGUGAGUUCAAUAGCCCUCAACACUGCCAUGAGCAUUGCUGAGAUUAUCGCGCUGUCCCACUGCUGUGUAAAUCCAGUGAUCUACGCAUUUGUAGGAGAGAAGUUUAGGAAGUCAUUGAACAAGGUGAUGGCUAAAUACUUUGGUUGGAGUUACCCAAGCAGUGGUCCUUACAGCCACAGGGAUACCACAGACAAAGAAACCUCCAACACACCUGUAAGAUCAGAGUAUUAAAAAUGGGUUAUGUGCUUUGCUGAUGGGUGUAACUGUUUCCGCA